UACAACUGUGUUGUGUAGAAGGCCCCAGUAACGAUAAAGUAGUAUCGCUUACAUUAUAGAUUAUGUUUAUUCUAGAGAGAAUAUGUGUUUUGUACAAGUGCACCAGUCACCGUCUAUUUGAUUUAUUUCUUAUAUAGCAUAAUAUGUUGAGAUGUUACCAUGGUUACCAAGGGCAUCCAAACACAACAGGACUCGAGCAGUGAAGCAGCUUCUUUGGUAUCCACAUCCACAUUGGUCUAAAGUCUUCAGAUUAAUUGAAAAUUGAGGCUCACUAGAAACGGUGACCAUGUACAAAGUGGAUUUGCCUGUAGAUCAGUCCAUUGAAAAGGCUGUGGAGAGGCGAAGGUCUGCAGCGACAGCUCGCAAGGCCAGAAUCUUCAACACCAGGCUACGUGUGAUGGGCCUCGACCUUGAUGCUCUGAAUCAACAAGUCCAGGAGAAAAAUCAUAAGGAAAACAUGGAGAAACAACGACACAAAGCUUUCGAUAAGCUGAGAGAGUAUCAUGAUGACAUACUGCUGCAGCAAGACAUUGAUGAAAGAGAGAGGCGGGCAGCUUUGCACACCGACCUGGCCCAGUACUGGACCAGUCAGCAGCGUGUGGAGGACUCUGAUGAUGCUGAUCUCAAGUGUGGCCUGAAGGGGGCAUUUGGGAUCACCAUUCCAGAGGGUGAACUGGGGCCUGCCAGCAUGCAAAUCUUUCAGGGAGAGGGUAUCAGAGAGGAGCAAACGAGGAGAGAACAAAUGAAACAGACAGAGAGAGAUCUGCGCGCGCAGAAGGAAGACAAUGCAAUAAGACACAUGGGAAACAAGCACAAAGAGAUGCUUGUGAGCAGAGAGCUGGUGCACCAGGACCUAAGGGGGGUUGAGCAAGCGGCUCAAGAGGAGGAGUUUAAGAAAGCUGCCCGCAUCGCAUACGACAACUACAAUCAAGCUCUGGCUGCAGAGCGGGCAGAGAAACUGAAGCAGCAGCACAGGAGGGAGGAAAGGGAGAACCUUGCAGAGGUGUGGCACACACUGACGUCUGACAUGAUGACAGAGUGUGCAGAAACAGCAAAGAGAGAGGUGGGAGGAGCCAAGCCCCCCCGGGUUCUGACUGACAGGUGGAAGGGGAUGAGCCCCGAGCAGCUGAGCACCAUCCGUGGGGAGAGAGAGGAACAGUGCCGUGAGAGACAGAGACAACAGGACACUAAGAGGAUUCAGGAUGCAGCGUGGGACCUUCAGCUCCUGAAGCUGUCCAGCGAAGCAGAGGAGAAGGAGACAAGAGCAGCAGAGCUGAGGAGACAGAGGAGGAUUCAGAUGGACCAGUACAACAUGCAGCUGGCCAGAGAGCAGCAGGCAUAUCAGGAGUACCUGAACAAGAAGCUAUACACCAACAAACCCACUAAGGACUACUUCUAUCAAUUCAACACCAGCUCCCGCUGACCAUCACACACCUUGCACAGGCUUGUCCUCCUGUCACAAUGUGCUAAUAAAAUCAAUUGAUUGUUAUACUCGCACUCAAUGAGAAUUGAAUCCUAAUUAAUCAAUGCUUACUGCUUAAUCUUAAGUGACACAUAUUCAUUGAUUUUAUUGGCUGAUACUGGUGACAAUAAAGGGAACCUUUUUUGGUACAGAUUGUUCCAUGUACUUUAUUUUUCAGUCAUAUAUCCAGUUACAGUGGUAGAUUCAUAAUGCAGUUACAGUUAUAUUGGCCCCAUGGUACAAGUCCACCCAACUCCUGACGUUCACCCAAGAUACAUAUAGAUACCAUCAGUCCCAUUACGCUAAUUGUGCACCCCACACACCACAUAGAGGCACAUCUCCACCCCAACAGGGACACACGCGCCGAGCCCCUCCCCUCCCCUCCCCUCUCAGGCAUUGUUGUUUAAAGUCUGUCUGUCUGCCUUUUCUGAGUUAUGAAGAGGCUUUUCUAAAUGAACCAAUUCACUUUUUGAAAGGGUUUUAUCUUUUAACUAUAAAAAGGGAGGAAAACAAUGGUGGAAAAGCAAAUGCCAGCAUCCCUGGCUUUCCCCUCGACACAUGAAAAGCAAAGAGUGAGUGGCAGUCGAGUGAGUAUCUGUGUGUGUACACUCAUUCCUCAUUCAAAGCUAACAUUUGCCCCGAACACUGACAAACACAGAUGUUUAGCAGCAGAUAGUCAAGUUAGAAUAUUGGCAUAUUUUGUGUCAUUCAUUGCUCCUGUAUGAAAAUAGAUUUUUUUAAAAGCUUUAUUUGUCCUGAGUGUGUCUGUAUAACCAACAACAGGGAGCUUACACACACCUCCUUCAGUGCCACUAGCCAUUUUAGACAUCCCAUAUUCUUUACCUCAGGGGCUGUCAGGUGAUGUUUGGACAGUGUCAAGCUUUUAUUUGUGUAGGGAGAACUGAGACAGCAGCAUUGCAUAUAGAUGCUCCCUGUGGUGUGCACAAACUGGCUUGCUGCAUCCCUGCUUCAAACAACUGCAUCAGACAAAAACGCCACAGAUAUUCACUGCACUGCAAUGCAUUGCUGGAUGAUUAUGGGCAUGAAUGCAAUCUUAGCUUUCAUCGUAAUGUAAGUACUACUAUCACUAAAUGACACUAAUGUACAAUUUUUUGAUUUUCAAAUUUUGAAAUGUUUGUAAACAUCUACAGAACAAUGUAGGAUUUUUUUUACUUUUUUUAACUUUUUUUCUUUCCUCAACUAUGAGCUAGUUUUGCUAAAUCUGCCAAAUCUUACUGCAGUCAUUAGUCAAAAAUGGAAAGUUUGAAUUCAUAGCAAUAGUACAAAGAAGAAAAGGUACAGCUUGCAACAUUUUAAAAUUAAGUGAUUUUAAACCUGCACAUUUUUCACAUUUUUUAUCAAACAUGGUGGGGUUCAUCAAAACAAUCUUUAAGGGUUGUAUUUACAUUCAGUGGGGAAAAAAAACUGUCCUUCCAGGUCAUCUCAUUACCAUUCUUCUCUCUCCUGUACCUUGUAGCUCAGAUUUCUUUUAUCAGUAGCAUGUAGAUAAAAUGUCUACCCAGCACUAAAAAGAAAAUACAUUCUCCGCGUUUGAUGCAAAUACCAACUGUUUGCCUUUAUUAUACAUCAACUGGCAAUCAUUACGCCUGUCUGCAAUGUCAGCUUGCAUUGAUGAAGGUCUGAAAAUAAAACUUGAGAGAGUGUUUGCCCACAAGACUCCACUCUCUAAUCUGUAAUAUACAUAAAUACUGCUCCUCAAACAAUUUGCGUAGUAUGAGAUGAACAGGUAUGAAAAGAUUGUUAAUUAGAGACAACAAUGUUUUUAAUACAGUGUAGAAAGAGACAAAGACAGAUACAGAAAGCUACACAUAGGUCUCGACACAAAAAAUUACAAUAUCAUUUCCAAUUAUGACAUUACACUUCUGGUGGGAAGGCGAGAGAGUAAUGACAUCAAUCUGGUGCUCUAUGCAGACCCAGCAGGCACAGGAACAUAUAAGGAGCAUGUACAUAUCUAUAAUACUGUAUUAUGGCUAAAUAGAUAGAUGUAGAUGCAGCUAUAUACACCAGAUGCUACUCAGCAUCUUCACAGCAAGUUCCCCUUAAUGCAUCCAAUGUUAUUUAUAGUAAGAAACUUGGCUUCACUUAGUUUCAAUGAAAACAUCUUGAUCUAUGAAAUAUGUCAAUAAAGAGAAGUCAUGAGCUUUAUAUAAAUAGUGUAGAACACAAUAUGAAAAAAUGAUGAUAAAAAUAAAAAUGUCCGACAAUGAAAAAGGAUGUUUUUUUUUUGUUUUUGUUU